AUGAGGUUCUCACAUAUCCUCCCUUUGGCUGCCCUAGGCGCCGCAUUCGUCGUCCCCAACGAGCAGGUCUUUAGUGAACUCUCGAUCGAUGACACCACCCAUGCUCGUGCAAACCAGGGAGCCUGGUCAGAGCAGGUUCUCUCCGAGCUGAAGAACGACUUUGCCGAAGCCGAAAAGGGCAUCAAGGAGGCAUCAAACAAUGUCAAGCACGCUCUUGAUGAAGCCUUCAGCUCUGCCUCGGACAUUGGAAGCUCAAUGACGACCAAGUUCCAGGAGACGGCUUUUGAUGCCAAGUCCUGGUUCGAGUCUGCUGCCAAUAACGCAUACGAUGCCUUGGACAGCCACGAUGACCACCCGCAUCCCCCUCACCACGGUCCUCCCCCUCCUCACCAUGGAGAACCCCAUCACGGAGGCCCUCACCACGGCCACAAGCCCAAUGAGACUGUCUGGCAGCUGCUCAGCUCUUCCAAGUACACCGAGAAGUUCUCGAAGCUCAUCAGCGAGUACCCUGACCUCGUCGAGAAGUUGAACUCCACUGGUCAUGGUAACUUCACCAUCUUCGCCCCUAAGGACACUGCUUUCCCUGACCACCCUCACCACAAGCCCAGCAAGGAGGAUAUCAAGAAGCUCAUCGAGUACCACAUCAGUGACGACUUCUACCCUGCUGGCAGAGUUCUCAUCACCCACACCAUCCCCACACUCUUCAAGGGCGAGCAUUUGCCUGGCAAGGCCGCCCAGAGACUCAGCGUCCACCUCGGUUUCAGAGGCUUGACCAUCAACUUCUACUCUCGCGUUGUUGCCGUGAACAUUUUCGGUACAAACGGAGUAAUCCACGGAGUCGACAGCCUUCUCAUUCCUCCCCCAAGAGCCUUCAAGAUCAUCGAUCUCUUGCCUUCUGAGUUCUCUACUUUUGAGUUGGCUCUUGGCAAGACUGGUCUGCUUGACGCCUACAACAGCACCGAUCACCCCAGCGGUACUCUGUUUGCUCCUUCCAACUUCGCCUUCCAGAAGCUUGGUCCCAAGAUCAACGGAUUCCUGUUCAGCGAAUAUGGCCGCAAGUACCUCAAGGCUUUGAUCCUCUACCACACUGUGCCCGACAAUGUUCUGUACAGUGAUGCUUUCAUCAAGGCCGAGGGACAUGACGGUAUCCCCAAGGGUCACUGGCACGUCGACCUUCCCACUGCUCUCGAGGAUCACUCCCUGUCAGUUGACGUAGGAAGAUACGGCGGCCUGAUUGACAUCAAGGUCAACGCCUUCUCGCGCGUCAGCGUCCAGGAUGGUAUUGCUGCCGACGGAGUUAUCCAGGUGGUCAGCGACGUCUUGAUCCCUCCCAAGAAGCUCGGUAGCGCCAAAUUCCGAAGCACCAACUGGUUUGGUUCUGAGAAGGAGCUCAGUGUUGAGGAGUUCAAGGCCAGAUUCGAGCCUUACGUCGAGAGAAUGCUCGACCUCUAA